UCAUCGUUUUCCUGUUGUAACGCUCUGAUGGGUGAUCCUAAACGUGUGCUCUCCGUUCAAAGUCAUGUCGUUCACGGAUAUGUAGGAAAUCGGAGCGUGAUGUUUCCUUUGCAGUUGCACAAUUAUGAGGUGGACAACAUAAAUUCGGUCCAGUUAUCUUGCCAUACGCAAUAUGAUUUUUGUACCGGACAAGUUUUAUCUCUUAAAGAUCUGGAGACUAUUUAUGACUCCUUAAAGAGAAAUGGGUCUAAUGCUUAUGAUGCCUUGCUAACAGGCUAUGUCGGGGAUCCUAACUUUCUUAACAAACUGGCACACAUCGUUUCGGACAUAAAGGCGGUUAACCCGUCAUGCAGGUUUUACUGCGAUCCCGUUCUUGGUGAUAAUGGACACAUUUAUGUACCAAAGGAGUUGAUUCCGAUUUAUGUGGACUCCAUCCUACCUCUUGCUGAUGUUUUAAUGCCCAAUCAGUUUGAAGCAGAACUCCUAACUGGGUGCAAAAUAACGGAUGAGAAAUCUGCCAUUAGUUGCAUGGAUCUGCUCCAUUCGACCCAUAACAUUCCAACCAUUAUCCUCAGUAGCACAGAACUUCCAUUUUUCGAUGACCAAGGCCACCAAAUGCUCGCAACAUAUUUGAGUUACCGCCCAGAUCUUGCCGUAAAUCAUAUUUGGGGUAACGCCAACUCACAUGAAACUCUUCGGAUUCGCGCCACAUUCCCGAAAUUGGGCGCAACGUUUUUUGGCACCGGUGACCUGUUUAGCUGCUUAAUACUUGCAUACUUUGAAAAAGACUGCAGCAAUAUCGAUAUGACGGUAGGAGUCGCUUCAUUGUGUCAUGUUUUUCGUUUUAAUGAAUUUGCGUUUAUUUGGAGGUCUAAUGACAUAUCACCGUGUAAAGACUUCUGA